AUGGGCCCCAGCCGCGUCCCGGCCUCCUCCUUCCACAGCAGCGCGGCGGCCCGCGCCAAGGAGGACUACUACCAGGUGCUGGGGGUGCCGCGCUCGGCCAGCCAGAAGGAGAUCAAGAAGGCCUACUACCAGCUGGCGAAGAAAUACCAUCCCGACACAAAUAAGGAUGACCCCAAAGCGAAGGAGAAGUUCGCGCAGCUGGCAGAAGCCUACGAGGUAUUAAGCGACGAAGUGAAGCGGAAGCAGUACGACGCUUAUGGCACAGCUAGUUUUGAUCCCGGCGCAACAGGCGCCGGUGCCGGUGCUGGGCGCCAGUACUGGAGCAGCGGUCCGUCGAUUGAUCCGGAGGAGCUUUUCAGGAAAAUCUUCGGCGAAUUUUCGGGGUCCCCUUUCGGCGAUUUCCAGAACGUCUUCGACCAGCCGCAGGAGUACAUCAUGGAACUGACCUUCACCCAAGCUGCAAAAGGUGUUAACAAGGAGAUCGUGGUGAACAUCAAUGACUCCUGCGAGCGGUGUGGAGGGAAAGGCAACGAGCCUGGUACCAAAGCGCAGCACUGCCACUACUGCAACGGCACCGGCAUGGAAACGAUAAAUACGGGCCCCUUUGUAAUGCGAUCUACGUGCCGACGGUGUGGCGGUCGUGGUUCCAUCAUCACGACCCCGUGCGUAGUGUGCCGAGGAACGGGGCAAACCAAACAGAGGAAGACGGUGGUGGUUCCGGUGCCAGCUGGUGUUGAGGAUGGGCAGACAGUUCGGAUGCCUGUGGGGAAGAAGGAAAUUUUCAUUACGUUCAGGGUUCAAAAAAGUUCCGUGUUCAGAAGAAAUGGAGCAGAUAUCCAUUCAGACCUCCUUAUUUCCGUAGCACAAGCUGUUCUGGGAGGUACAGCCAGAUGUCAAGGCUUGUACGAGACAAUCAAUAUCACGAUACCCCCCGGUAUUCAGCCAGACCAGAGAAUUCGCAUGAGUGGGAAAGGCAUUCCCAAGGUGAAUAGUUACGGCUACGGAGACCACUACAUUCACAUAAAGAUAAAAGUUCCUCAGAGGCUGACGGAUCGCCAGAGAGCCUUAAUGAUGAGCUAUGCCGAGGACGAGACCGAUGUGGACGGCACAGUGAACGGAGUCACAAAUACAGCAUCAGGUGGGCUGGGGGAAUGA